AUGGCCAAAGGCGAUCUAGAAACCUUACAAACGCUGGAGACACCAGAUUACAUCAAAGGGGAGAUAUCCGAUGAUGAAAUGGACUUCCCAACAUACAUGGUACCGCCGAAUCCCGACGACUCCGAUAUAUUGCCAUCGCAAGUGCAUCCUUCGUAUCCAUACGGCAAUCCCACCAAUCCCCGGCAUCCUGCCAUGAAGCCACGCCCUCUUUAUGACCCUAUGUCGAAAGCGCUAUUCCAAGAUAUGGGGUAUGAUGGAGGUGUAACAGGUGCUCUGAGGUGGAAGGACUUGGCUCUCGAAGAACUACUACCUAUAGACGAAGCGAAGGAGGAGGCAGUCAGGGCAGAGUUGGCGAGGAAGAUGGCUAGUGGCUCUGCUUCGAAUCAAUACCAGUCACAGCCGGCCCUACCUACACAACCGACAUUGGAGCCUACCGACAUCGAAGACAACGACGAAGAUGAAGAUGAAGCGGACGAAAAUGAAGAUGAAGACGACGAGAGCGAAGAGGAUGCGGAAGAAGACUAG